UUCUGCUCUCAUCUGGUGAUUCUGUCCCUGUCUGAUCAGACUGUGAGGAGUCUGAAGUGGUUGUGUUUUUGGUUCCAGGUUCUUUCUCCAGUGCUGGGCAUGAUGGGAAAGAUACAAUGACCUGCUGAAUGUUGACAUUGGGCGGCACUGAGACUGGAACAUGUUCCUGGAUUCUUCCGAUGGCAUUGAGGAAUACACCACAUCAGUCACUGGCUCUAUCAAUAAGUGCAUCGAGGACGUCGUCCCCACAGUGACUGUACGUACAUACCCCAACCAGAAGCCAUGGAUUACAGACAACAUUCGCACUGAGCUAAAGGGCAGAGCUGCAGCUUUCAAGGUGUGGGACUCUAACCUGGAAGCUUACAAGAAAUCCUGCUAUGCCCUGUGACGAACCAUCAAACAGGCAAGGCGUCAAUACAGGGCUAAGAUUGAAUCAUACUAUACCGGCUCCGACGCUUGUCUUAUGUGACAGGGCUUGCAAACUAUUACAGACUACAAAGGGAAGCACAGCCGCGAGCUGCCCAGUGACUACCAGAUGAGCUAAAUCACUUCUAUGCUCGCUUCGAGGCAAGCAACACUGAUGAGGCAAGCAACACUCAUGCAUGCAACACGCAUGCAUGAGAGCAUCAGCUGUUCCAGACGACUGUGUGAUCACACUCUCCGUAGGCGACAUGAGUAAGACCUUUAAACAGGUCAACAUACACAAGGCUGCGGGGCCAGACGUAUUACCAGGACGUGUGCUCCAGGCAUGUGCUGACAAACUGGACAAAGUUGUGGUGAAGAGAGACAGUGUGUUAACCACUGUACUCUGUCGCCUGUCACAGUUUUGGCCUGUCAGACUAGCGAUGCGUGCUCUCCGUGGGUUUUGGUGGCUGUUGGGUUUCUCCCCUUCAGAUGAGGCUUUUGUUCCUCCAGAAGAUGACCAUUCUAGUCCAGCCCGCCACUGUCUAGCAGGCCGCAAGCGUCUGCGUCGAGCCACACGCAUCCUGUUGGCCAUCCUGCCUCGCCGUCUGCAGAGCGCCCUGGGCUACCCUGUGUGCACCAGCAUCGGCUGUGCUGUAUCCCCAGAGGUGCUUUGCUCCCCCACUAAGCUCUGUGGAAAAGGCAACAAGAGGAAGCAGGAUGACCUUGAUGAUGACGAGGAGCAGCAGACCUGGGUCGAGGCACUCUCUCAGGAACUAGAGGAUGAGGAGCCUUCUGUUGAUCCUGACUAUGAGCCGAAUGCAGUGGACACUGACAGUGAGGAGUAUAACUCUCAAAAUGACACAGAAAGUGACCUUGAUGUUUCAGGGAAGGUUGUGAUCGACGACCUUAAAACGAAUGUUCCUCAGACGGCAUAGUGGAAGGUGGCAUUUCAGGGCUUCACCUCCCCCUAAUGACCAGUAGUCCCCUUGGAUUUAAGCAGCCAUCCAUCAUCUGUGUGACUGCUUUAUUGGGUGCAUGUAAGGAGGGACAGAGACCGUCUUCCCUAAGUACACGGGCCAGAGGCUAGGAAUGGCACUGGCUGGGUAAAAAGGACCGGGAUAAAUGCAGAGAAUUCACAUUUUCGGCCAUCAAUGUUGAUUUAAGUGCACUUGCGUGAUGGGACCCUCCAGAGAUGACUAGCACGGUUACCUAAGGGCCCUGUCACUCACAAUCAGGCCACCAAAGAUGGCGGUGCCCUUGAUUUAAUCCCAGUCUCCUUUAUUCCAGCUAGAGAAAUGUAUGAAAUCCAAACAAAAUAAUCUGGAUCCACUGAAGGCCAUUAGACUGUCUGGGUUUGGUUUAGCCACGUGCUCCUAGUGGCUAUCAUACCUACAUACAGGAAUAAAAGGUGUAGUUGUACUUUGUCCUGAUUUUAGUCAGUAACACCUUUCCUCCUCAGCAUGACUCCGUGAUCAUAAGAGGACACUGUGCACCUGCUGCACACAUUCCAGACUGAGAUUAUUUCAAGUUGUUGAGUGAAGUAUGAAUGCAUGGAUAAUGUCUAAACUGUCUGUGUUUUGAAGGGCUGAGCAGUAGCACACACUCACUCUCAGUUUGAGAGUGGAGAUGGCUUGUUAAGUCCCUGUAUUUCCCAAUUAGGGCCAGAUGGCCUGUUCUUAUUGUCAUUUGCUUGAGUAGAGGACAGACUCUUUGAUUCAGUAUGCCCAUAACACCUGCAGUUACAUGUCAUUGUGAUUACAUCAUGCUGAUUUUAUCAUAACAAUUUAUGACAUGUUGCUGUUUUUAUUCAUUGUACAUUUAACCUGGUGUAAUAAAAAAAAAACUCCUUAAACAAUUA